AUGGCAGAAUAUAAUGCAAUUGGGAUUGAUCUGGGGACAACUUAUUCGUGUGUGGCAACGUGGCAGGCUGAUCAUGUAGAAAUCCUGGUGAACAAUCACGGUAACAGGACAACUCGAUCUUAUGUUACAUUCACUGAUAGCAAGACGUUGGUAGGUGAUGAAGCAUUUCGCCAAGUCGUGAGAUUCCCCACCAACGCAAUCUUUGAUGCGAAGCGGUUAAUUGGUAGGAGAUUCAGUGACGAAACUGUUCAAAGUGAUAUCAAGCGCUGGCCAUUCAAGGUCAUUGAAGGUAAGGGUGACAAGCCCAUGAUUGUGGUUAAGCACAAGGGCCAAGAGAAACAGUUUGCUGCUGAAGAUAUCUCAUCAAUGGUUCUGGCAAAAAUGCGGGAGAUUGCGGAGGACUUCCUUUGCUCAAAGAUUAGUGAGAAAAAGGCAGUUAUCACUGUCCCCUCUUACUUCAAUGACUCUCAGCGCCAGGCUACAUUAAAAGCUGGUAAAUUAGCCGGCUUAAAUGUGCUGCGUAUUAUCAACGAACCAACUGCUGCAGCCAUAGCUUAUGGCAUCGACAAGAAAGCCGGUUGGUUUAAUAAGAGAAACGUGAUGAUAUUUGAUUGGGGUGGUGGUACAUUGGAUGUGUCGCUACUAACAAUAGGCCGUGGUGUCUUUGACGUGAAGGCGACUGCCGGAGACACUCACCUCGGAGGUGAAGACUUGGAUAACAGAAUGGUGGAUUACUGCGUCGACGAAUUCAAGACAAAAAAUAAGGUGGACAUUUGUGGACACCCCAGAGCUCUUCGGAAGGCCAAAACCGAGUGUGAGAAAGCAAAGAAGGCACUUUCAUUUUGCUCUGACGUUGAUAUUGAAAUCGACUCUUGGUAUAACGGUGAAGAUUUUCAUACAACUUUCACCCGGGACAAAUUCGAAGAAAUGAACAUGGAUAUCUUCAACAAGUGCAUGGAGAUUGUGAAAAGGUGUUUGAAGGAUGGCAAUAUGAACAUAAGCAACGUCGAUGACGUUGUUCUUGUUGGUGGUUCUUCUAGAAUCCCCAAGGUGCAAGAGCUAUUGCAGAAGUUUUUCAUGGGCAAGGAGUUGUGCAAGAGCAUUAAUCCUGAUGAGGCCGUGGCAUAUGGAGCCGCUGUUCAAGCUGCAGUCUUGAGUGGGAACGUGACGGGGAAGCUUCAAGACUUCACACUCUCGGAUGUCAUCCCAAUGUCACUUGGGACGGAAUGUGGUUGUGAAGACCGUAUGGCCGUCAUGAUCCCAAGAAACACCAAAAUUCCCACAAAGAAGCACCAAAUUUUCACUACCGUCAGUGACAACCAAACGAAAGUCCUCUGUGGAGUUUUCGAGGGAGAGAAUGAGUUCACCAGAGAUAAUAAUUACUUGGGUGGAUUUACCAUGUAUGGCAUUCCUCCAGCCCCUAAGGGAGUUGGUAAAGUAGAUGUUUGCUUUUCUAUCGAUGCAAAUGGAAUUCUGAGUGUUUCCGCUGAGGUCAUGUCCACCGGCGAAAAGAAAGCCAUUACAAUCAACAGUGACAGAUGA